AUGGCAGCCGGUAUCGAAGAAGGGCAACGUCGCGAUGUUGCUCGCGUGCACAUUGAUCACCGCAGCCGUGAGUUUGGCUCCCAGCUCCCUCCUAUUUCCACUCUUGGCGUGGAAGCCAGGCUGAUGUCGAAACCCUUUUCUCCACCGUCUCAGAUGCAGGGUUAUGACGGCGCCAUGAUGGGCGGCAUGAACAUCCUGCCGCAGUACACCGAGUACUUCCAGCUGACGACCGCUACCCGUUCUCUCAACAUCGCCACCAACUACGUCGGCGGAGCUCUUUCCUGCCUCUGCUGGGGCUGGGUGACGGAUGUGUAUAGCCGGCGCUUCGGGCUGUUCUGGUCGGCCAUGAUCACAGUGUUCGCCGCCAUCCUACAGGGCGCCGCGCAGCACAUCGCCAUGUUCUGCGUGGCCCGGAUUCUCAUCGGAUUCGGCACGACGGCUUCCGUCAUCUCCGGCUCGGCCUAUCUCGCAGAGACCUUGCCGUGGGAGUACCGCGUUUGGGGGCUGUCCCUGUUCGACGACUUCUUCUACGUGGGCGCCCUCGUAGCGGCGGGCGUCACCUACACGUCCUUCAGGCUCGACAGCACCUGGGCGUGGCGCCUGCCGAGCCUCGUACAGGGCAUAUGGGGACUGUGGUGCGUCGCCCUGCUGCCGUGGAUGCCCGAGAGCCCGCGUUGGUUGAUGGACCAGGGACGGACGCAGGAGGCGCUGCUUGUGCUGGCCCAGACGAACGCGAACGGCAACAUACGCGACGACAUUGUGCGGCUGCAGUUCCGGCAGAUUUACGAAACGAUCGAGUACGAGCGGGACCCGAUGUCGAGCCAGGAGGUUCUGCGGAACCGGGGAGCGCGGAAGAGGCUCAUCAUCACGGCCACCUGCGCCCUCUUCUCCAUGCUGACCGGGAACAUCUUUGUCAUGUACAACAUUGGGAAAAUGCUGAGCAGCGCCGGGGUGAACAAUGAAGGCUCCCAGCUGCUCGUGAACGUAGGCCUCAACGCAAGCGCCCUGGUCUUUUCCGUCAUCGGGAGCUACUACACGAACAAGUGGGGGACUAAAGCCGUCGCGCUCAUCAGCACCGCCGGGCUGACAAUCGGGCUGUUCAUGAUCGGCAUCCUCACGAAGUUCUACGGAGACUCCAACUACGCUCCCGGGAUCUGGGCCACGGUCUUUAGCAUAUUCGUCUUCUCGAUUUCCUACUCCUUCGGCUGGAUACCCAUCCUCUUCCUCGUGCCCGCCCAGAUGCUCUAUUUCCGGAUACGGGCCCAGGGGAUGAGCAUGUUCAGCUUCAUCGUCUGCGUCACGGGCAUCGCGGGCAACUUUGCGUUCCCGGCGGCGUUGGAGGCCAUCGGGCACUGGCUGUACAUCAUCAACGGCGCGUGGAACAUGCUCUUUUUCGCCUUCAUCUGGUGGUACUGGGUCGAGGUCAAGGGCAAGACGCUCGAGGAGAUUGACGCCCUGUUCGACGGGAAGAAGCACACGGAUACCCCCAACAUGCGCGCCGUGUUGGACGGGACGGAGGACGAGAGCUGGAGGCGCUACCUGAGCGAUUGGAUGAGGCUCAACUUUGGAGGGAUAUCUCACGAGGGGAUCGCGUCUCGCUUCGGCGUCAAGACCGAUUCGGUGGACCGGUCACGAUAG